CGCAUGGAUGCACCUGCCUGUUUGCCCAGACGCGUUCCCGUGUAGUCCCCGAGUAGCAGGCUCGCACGCAACACGAGGCAGCCCGCAUGGCCUCCUGCAGCUCUCAUGGCCUGCAUUUCGCGGGGCCGGUGGCGGGGCGGCUGGGCGCCUGCAGGCACGCCUGCAGGCUGAUCGAGCGGCCGCUCACGGCUGCGGCUACACUCGCGCGCCGCGGCUCCUUCCCGCCGCUUCUUGUUAGCUCUUCACAGCAGCUUGCCAACGACGAUUAUUCAGCUGCUGCAGCUGCCUCGGGCACCACGGGCUUUGCGAGCACAGUCGCGGCCGCUGCAUCUCGUGGUGUCGGCCGCGGCUCGCCGGCCGGCAACACUGACCCACGUCUGCGACGCUGGCGGAGUUUCAGCAGCGGCACAGGCGGACGUAGCGGCGGCGGAGGCGAUUGCGGCAGCAGCAGUAGCAGAGGGCGUGGGCUGCGCUCGUGCGCACAGGGUGGCGGCGACCCACGGCAGCGGCCCGCAGGCCCCGGCGACGGGGGCGGUUUAGAUGGUGGCCGGCGCAGCGGCAACAGCUUCGAUGAUGCCAGCUCUGUGCCCGAAGCGCACCCGUUCACCUGGGCAGGCGGCGUCUUCACCUCCGCCGACCCUGGCCUGCUCCAAGACCUGCAGCUGCAGCAGGGGCAGGAGGACGGGGAGGAGCAGCUGGCGGCGGGCUGCGAUGUGCGUGUGUUCGCGGCGGGUGCUCCAGCCGAGGGCCUGGCAGGCAGCGUCUCAGCCGCAUCACCUGAAGUGGGCAGCUGCGUGUUGCGAUGCGCCGGCCUGGCGUCAGUGCUGUGCCUGGCGUCCGGAGAGGCGGCGCUAGUGGCGGUGGUGCGCAAGGGCCGUGGCGGUCAGCGGCCCCCGGAGCUGUGGGCGGCGCCGGCUCGGAGCGGCCAGGGAGGCCUGGGGCAGCAGCUGGCUAGCAAGGAGCAAUCAGGUUCAAGUGCUUGGGGCGUUGGAGGUCUGGCUUCGGCGCCAAUCGCUAUAGCGACAGCAGGGCUUGAGGCGCGGGAAAGGCAGUCUGGCGCUGGCGGCAGCGACGCCAGCAGUCGCGGCAGCGGUCGCGGCAGCAGCAGCCCCGCCCCAGCUGCUGGCACCGCCCCAGCUGCUGGCACCGCCCCAGCUGCUGGCACCGCCCCAGCUGCUGGCACCGCACCUGUCAACACCAGCAGCAGCACUGGCAACAGUACCGCGAUGGAGGCGACCAUGCGGCUGGACGCGUGUGGCGUCUGGAUUGGCCUUCGCGCUCUGCAGCAGGUCUACGGCCCCGAGCGGCUAGACGACAUCCGGCGCUCCCUCCUUGAGCGGCCCUACGACCAGCCCAUUGCGCUGUUCGACGCCCAGGACGGAAGGAUUACGGCACGCUACCGAGGAGCGCUCAGAGGACAUGUGCCCGACAGCACAUGUAAGGGGCCACCCAGUCCGCGUCUGAAAAUCUACGACCGCACGGAUGCGCCGCUGUUGUGGUCAGCCUACUUGUUUGCGCGGCUGCUGCAGCUACGCCCGGGGGCGUUGCUGCGGCUGCGCGGCUUUGACACCGAUGGCCACACGCUAGUGGUGGAGUUGGUGUCGGCGGGCGGGCAGGUCAGUGGCGGUGGCGGCAGCGGCAUACCAGCAGCGGUACGGCUGGCAUCCAGUGGCAGCUGGCGUGGCAAGGCCGCCAUAAGUGGUGCCAUUGGGGAGGAGACGCUGCGGGAGAUGGAGCGCCUCAUCGCGGACACGGGCCGCCCCUACCCGCUCACCAUCGCUGUGCUCGAUCCGGACACGAGCGUUGUCACGGACCGCUACAGCGGGACACUGCGCCUGAAGAUGAGUACAAGCUGUGCAGCACCUUUAAUCAGUUGCGCCAAGCUCAACAGGCACCAGCGCCUGUGGCCAGGAGAUGAGCUGCUGCUGCGGCGCUAUGACGGGGCCAGUCGGACGCUGGAGGUGACAGUCCUAAGGCGGAGCGGCGGCAGCAGCAGGGAGCGGCCAGCGGCAGUGUACACCUGCAGUGAAGGGGCUGGUACGGCGGCUGGCGCCAAGGCGGCUGGUACUGAGGCGCCGCCGCCGCCGCCUCUGCACGCCGGCUCCGCUGCCGCCAGCCCCAGCCGCAGCUCCGCCGGCGGCGGAGCUCCACCUCCUCAGCACUCAACCACCGCCACGGACCGCCAACGGCAGGUAGCAGCGGCAGCAGGCCGCACCACAGCUUCGGGUGCUGGGGCCCUGGAACUUCAGGCGGCGGCGCCGGCAGCGGCGGCAGCAGCGAUGCUUAAGGUGCAGGAGGUGCACCCUUGCGCUGGCGGCAGUGUUAACAGCGGCCCUGGUGCAGCUGCUGUCACCACGCUCAUUGACACCAGCAGCAGCACUGGCAACAGUAUUGCGCAGCAGCUGACCAUGCGAAUGGACAAUAACUACGACUGGAUCGGCCUCGGCGCGCUACAGCAGGUCUACGGCCCCGAGCGGCUAGAUGACAUCCGGCGCUCCCUCCGUGAGCGGCCCUACGACCAGCCCAUUGCGCUGUUCGACGCCCAGGAGGGGACAAUCACGGCGCGCUUCCGGGGAGCGCUCAGAGGACAUGUGCCCGACAGAACAACAAAAGGGCCACCCUGUCCGCGUCUGAAAAUCUAUGACCGCACGCAUGGCAGCUCAUUUGCGCGGCGGCUGCAGCUGCGUCCGGGGGCCGCACUGCGGCUGCGCGGCUUUGAUACCGAUGGCCACACGCUAGUGGUGGAGUUGGUGUCGGCCGGCGGGCAGGGCAGUAACAGCAACAGCGCUAGCAACAGCAGCAGGGCUAGCAACAGCAACAGCGCUAGCAGCAGCAGCAGCAGCAGCAGCAGCAGCGCUAGCGGCAGCAGCACCGGCGGCGCUGGCGGCAUCCCAGCAGCGGUACGGCUGACAUCCAAUGGCACCUGUUGGGGCAAAGCCGCCCUGACUGGUGCCAUUGGCAAAGAGAGGCUGACUGCAAUCCAGCACCUCGUCACCAACACGGGCCGCCCCUACCCGCUCACCAUCGCCGUGCUCGAUCCCGACACGGGCGCCAUCACGGACCAGUUCAGCGGGUCGCUGUGCCUGCAUAGGCCAGGGGCACACACUUGGUACAUCAGCUGCUCCAGGCUCAACCAGCGUUUGGGCCUGGGGAAGGGAUCUCGGUUGCAGUUGAAGGGCUAUGACGAGACCAGUCGGACGCUGGAGGUGACGGUGCUGAGGCGGGGCGGCCGUAGCGACAGCGACAGCAAAGCCGAGAGGGCAGCAGCAAUUGAGACGGUCGUGUCGGGCCCCGCGGAUGGCGUGCCGGCGGCUGCCACUCAUCAGCAGGCGCCGCCGCCGCCGCCACCGCCAAUGGUCUCUACUUCCGCUGCCACCAGCCCCAGCCCCGGCGGCGUUGGCAGCGACGGCGCCUUGCAGCACCCAAUGGCCAUCGCGGACCACCAAUGGCAGGCGGCGACGGCAGGGCCGGACGCAAGCCGUGGUGGGGGAGGCGCCGUCCCGGUGGCCACCAGCGCUGCCGCUGCGGCUCCCGCUAGGAGCCCGCCUGCCGCACCCGACCGGCUGGCCCCGCCGCCGCCGCCGCAGGGGUACGUGGAGCCAGCCGCCGCUCAGCUGCCGCCACCACAGCAGAGGCCAGGCGGAAUGGGGCAUGGGCACGCGAUCGCAGCCCCGGCGCCGGCUGCAGCAGUCACUCCGGGGCUUGGUGAUACCGGGGAGACGGUGGAGGCGGGUUAUGCGACAAGUUGGGACGGCGUCGGCGGCAGCAGUGGCAGUGGUGGAGCAGCGGCCGCGACCCCGCCUGCGGUGGUGGCGGCGGAGCAGAGAGGCGGUAAGCGGGCGGAGGAGGAGGACGAUGGCGGAGAACGGCGGGCAGCGGAAGGAGGAGCAGCCGGGAGUCUGUCGGCGGGGUCCGGGCCGCUGCCCUCACAGCAGUCCGCGCCUGACCCGCUGGCCGAACUGCUUGCCGCCCUCAGGGGUGUAGAGGCAGCACGCGCCGAGGCAGACGCAGCUGCAGCCGCCGCGGCUGCUGCUGCGUCUGCAGCUGCGGCCGCGGCCGAAGCCGCUCAGGCGGCCGUACAUGCUGCCACCGCAGAGGCGGAGGUGAAGGCUGCCGCGUAUCUAGCUGCUGUUGCAGCAGCGAGGUCUGUGGGAGGGCAAGCGCGGAAGCGCAGAGCAGAGGAUUGACGGUCCUAGGUUGCGGCUCAGCAGGUGUGGCGCAGCAGCGGGCCGCACUGUUGCCUUGGUGGUACCCCGGCGGCCACUCCUAGUGCGGCAAGAGAGGAAAGGGGGCUGGAGUCAACGUAAGAGAUGUGUCCGGGGACAUGGACACACGAUGCACAGGGUGAGGCAAGGUGCGUGCCAAGUCGGGAGGCGUGCGGGGCGUGCACCUGAACGGGCUGCACCAAGCUGUGUCGGCGACAGCAGAUGCGAUACUGUAUGACGGCUCUUGGGAAUGGCGGCGGGUGUGGCUCAGCAGCGCGGGCCGCACUGCUGGCGGACCGGCGGCCUCGCUUGCUGCACAGCCUGAGCGGCUGCCGCAGUGGUGGUGGCCGCGGAGGAGGCUGGGCGGAGUACACGCGGGUGUGAUACGAGCUCGUACGAGGAGGUUUAUGAGUACCAUUAGGUAGCUCGGUUCAGCCUUUCAGGCGGCGUGGGCAUGGCUCAGGCAUGGGCACAUGGCUAAACGGCCAGGUGGCUUGCUGGGGUGCGUGGGGGUAGGGACGUGGCGGCUCAGGCAUGGCUCAGGUGCUGGGCAGAUCGCGUCUGUGCGUGCAUGUCGCUUGGCUGACUUGUCACAAGUAAGUAACGCACACGCAGCAUGCUCGAGGGCGCUGUGACUCUGGCAUUUGACGGAAUUGGAUGGCACUGCUGCGCUGACGCGAACACAAAGUAUGGUUUCAUCUCUGCGAGGCGGACGCAAGCAUGGAAGUGCGAUGGAACAGUGUUAAGGCAGGUUGGUGAAGUCCCGUAGGGUGCAGCUAAUUCCCAAACCCCAGCAGAUGGCAAACAAUCUGCAACGGCAGGGCAGGAGUGAGCGGCUGGUUGAACGCCGGAUUGCACACGUUGAUCUUAAACUCGCUUAUAAGUGCUGUACGGUGUUGAGCCACGUGCCAGGAGCGUGCGGAGGAAGAGGUGGAGUGCACACGGCUGUCUUGCGCUGACACACUACUGCGGCUUACUGACAAGUGUUCU